AUGGCCUUAAGAGGUGUUUGGCAGCUGAGAAAGCUGGUUGUGAGUUACUCUGAUUGGGGUGGAAGUAGCAGAAGCAUCAGGGCAUUCAUGGAGUCGCACCUUCCUUGGUUCAAAGAGGCGAAUCCCCAUUUGGAGCUUGAAACUGAGCUCAUUCGAGGACAGCAUCCUCACUUGAAGGCCUUUUACAAGAACAACAACGACCGAGUGGUAAGUGUGAGGAACAUGACCCCAGAGGAAGUACUGCUGCAUGCUACUCGGCUGAGGAAUGCCUUGGGGCGGAAGGUGGUGAAACUGAAGACGAGACACGUGACUAAACACCCGAGUGUGCAAGGCACAUGGACGACUGCAGUGAAGUUUUGA